CUGAAUGAAACUGGCUUUUCGAUAGCGGACAUUGUGGUUCUGGGUAUGAGUAUCAUCGAGGAAUGACCUUCCUUAUGCUCGAGCCGGAAUGUCGCCAGUUUCCUUGACGCUGUUGAAGAAGCAGUGGAUGUGAAAACAGCGCCAUUUCUGUCGGCGUCCAUGAUACGCGAUGCUACCGCAGCGGAUUCCAGAGCUCGAGCUCGGAACGGCAGCGGGAGAGAAAUAGCCGCUCCCCUUUCGCCGCUUCUCUUUACUUCAGCCCACGGCAGGUUGUGCCGUUGAAGUAAGACGUAGCCCCAAAAUGGACCACUCCGACUGAGACGCAAACACAUCCUGUGUUUUGCUCAGCACUGAGGUCUAUCUGCAGCCUAAGCCAUGCCUGACGUGUAAAAUCCCCUUUUUGCUAAAAGCAAUAAUAAAAAAACAUCCUACAUGCCUCCCCAUGCAGAGUCGCUUCAGUGCGUCCUGCUGGAGUGACUACCCCCUCUUCCCAAGGUUCUGCCUCGUCCUCUCUCUGUUCCCUUCUCAACCGACCACCCUACAGUAACUACCCAUCACAAUGUUACUCCACCUUAGAAUGGCCAACACCUGAGGUCCCAUGCGUCCAGUGAGCACCGAUUCAGACGGUCCUGCUCCUCCUGAAAACCUCUCUUGCCCCUAUCCCUUCGUUGGCCCCCUGCCUUCCUCAGAGAUGUCCUUGCUCCAGUCGCUGGGUCCAGUACAAAGCUGGCUUGGCCAGGAGCUUGAGAAGUGCGGGAUAGAUGCCCUGAUUUACACCCGCUACGUCCUCAGCCUCCUUCUGCAUGACAGCUACGACUAUGACCUGCAGGACCAGGAGAAUGACAUCUUUUUGGGCUGGGAGAAGGGAGCUGGAAAGAAAUGGGGCAAGAGUAAGAAGAAAGGAGGGACUGACCUGAGUCUCGAGGAAAUGAAGAAGCAAGCUGCUGUGCAAUGCCUCCGCUCUGCAUCUGAUGAAAACUCUGGAAUUGAGAGCCUGGUUGAAGAGCUUUGUUCUAAACUAAAGGACAUCCAAAACAAACAGAAAGAAGAGAAACAGAUACAAAAGAAAUCUGAUGGCUCUCAGUCUCCAGAGCGAGCUGAGUCCCCCUCUUCAAAGGACCAGGUGGAAAUGUAUUAUGAAGCCUUUCCUUCUUUGUCAGAGAAACCUGUUUGUCUCCAAGAGAUCAUGACGGUGUGGAACAAGGCUAAGGCCUGCGCAUAUUCGAGUUCAUCGUCUGCUGCUCCACAGACCAGCACAGACACCUCUUCCCCAAAAGAUUGCAACAGUGAAGGGGAGGCUGCAAAGGAGAGAAACCUCGAAGCAUGUGGUACCAUCACUACGACGUCCAACGAGAGAGGCCAGCACCGACGGAGCAAGAAGGAGAAAGAAAAUAGAUACCGUGGUGGUGCAGCAGCAGAGGAGAAAUCUACCGUCCACUCGAAGAGACAGAUGAGACACAGAUCUGAGGGCAAAAACAGACCCAGAUCCUGGUCCUCUGGCUCUAGUGAGGCCGGCUCAAGCUCUAGCGGGAACCAGAGUGACUUGAAGUCAUCCAGAAGCAAGGCAGUUAGAAUAAGGCACAAAUCCAGGGAGGCUGCUAAAAAUAAGAGAACACGCAACAGCGGGCAGGUGAAGCUGCAGGUGAAGGUCAUUGAAAAGGAGGAGCGAAGAAAUACAGGAGGGAGCAGUAGCAGCGCCACUGGAGGCGCUGCUAAACAACCACAGCUUUACAAGAAGGGGAAGAGACCUCUGAAAGAGAUUCGUAGAGAUCCAGGCUGGAAGGAGGCUAAAGAGUCCGGAGUUGAGGCCAGAAACAGAAAGGAAUACAUGGAGGAGCCUCUUUGGUACACUGAGCCCAUCACAGAGUAUUUUGUACCUUGCAGUAGGCAAAGCAAGCUGGAAACAAAAUAUCGCAACAAGGUAGACUCUCCUGAUGGUUUUGAUUUGUCGACCGACAUGGAGAGGCUGCCGGAGAGAUUCCAGGGAAUCUGCAUUGCCAAUGAGAGCUUCCAGAGAGCGUACCUAGCAGCAGGCUCUUUUGUCGAUGGGCACUUUGUGGAAGGGCCUGGCGAAGCAGAAGAUGAAAGUGUUGAACUCACUGGGACCUCAUGCUGCCCUCAGCCAGAGGAUAGUAGAGAUUUAGAUGACAAGCAUCUGUCUGAAUUCACUCACUUCUAUGAAGUUGACAUUUAUCAAUCCAUAUUGGAUACUAGUGCCUCAGAGUCUAUACAAGAGAGUCGGAUCUUAAGCAUGAUUCGACAAAAAAGCAAAGAGCAAAGAGACGUCGAGGCAGAAUGUUGUUUAGUGUUAGAUGGCCUUGAGCAGCAUGGGAAAAUUGCAAUACGGGCAGACUCACAAGAACCUCUGGGAUCAGUUGGAUUCCUAAUGGAGGAUCUUGAAAACAUGGCUCAAGUGUGGGGAUGUUAUUCACCAUCCACUUCAGAAGAUAUAGAUGGAGAAAGCUUCAUAGGAGACUCUCCCAUCCGCCUCUCCCCCCUCCUUGAUAGUGUCUCGUUCACCCUGAGCAAACUAUCUGGAAAUCUGGAGGAGCCAAUUGUCCCUGAAGCCACCAGUGAACCAUCUUGCUUCUCUCUUUUCGAGCUGCAGUAUGAGAGCCCCACGUUCCCUUUUCCCCGCGACUCACUCACCGUUGGUCAUGAAAACAACACAGAUUCUAGUAGCUGUCUCGACCCGCAUUCUAAUAAACAGUCUCGUUUGCUAAUAUGGACCAAAAAUAGUGCCUUUGACGAAACUGAACACUGUUCUAACCUUUCAACAAGAACUUGCAGUCCGUGGUCACAUUCAGAGGAGACUCGUUCAGACAACGAGCAAGGAAAUGUUCUGACCGAGGAUGCUGUUCAAAUUGGCAAUGAAGAGAUUGAUUGUAUAAUCCCUCCUCUCUCUGGUACAUAUCUAGAGGAUGAAAUCCUGGAUUUCUUGCAGGCGAACUCUGGCCGCAAAUGUGAGGAGGUCAGUGUAAGCACGGCAUCCAAUAAGACCUUCACCAAAAAAUCUAAAUUGGAGUCCAUUUGUGGUAUAGCAUUGGAAGAGGACGAGGGUAAACAGUACAGCACUGGCAUGUUUUCGGACGACACAAACCAACACGGUGACGACUACAGCUCAGGGAUAAUAAAGGACAUUUGGACUGCAAUAGGAGAGGAAAAAUCUGUAACGGUGAAGCAAGGAGCAGAACAACCAAGCGAGGGCCUGUUCUCAGAUGAGUCCGGCGGUUACUGCUGCAGCCGCCUGGAAGUGCAGGCCAAAGGGGAUCCAAUUAAGGAACCUCAGAAAAAAGCAGUGCAGCGCUCAGAGUAUCACCUUUGGGAGGGCAAGAAGGAAGAACAGGACUUAGCCAAAAACAAACUCUCCAAGGUAGAUGAUGCAGGGGAUUAUAUGACUCCGUCCAAGCCCUGGGACCUGAACUCUGACAAGGAGAACACAGCAUUCAUCCUUGGAGGGGUGUAUGGAGAGUUGAAGACACUAAGUGGGGAUAAGAAUUGGGCUCUUGUGCCACCUAGUGACACCCAACAUAGCCUGCUACAGUGUACCGCUGCGUCUGCGUCUGCUUCCAGCUCAGAUAUGCUCACCAUCACCGGCACAGAUGUGUUCAUGAACACUGGCAGCUGCUUUGCCCCCGGGCACCGGCCCCUGUGGAGACCUCUUGUGUCUUUUGGGCAGAGUGACCAGGCCAUUAGAGGUAGUGGGGAUGGAUUGAAUAAGGGAUUUUCUUUCAUCUUCCAUGAAGAUUUGCUCGGUUCCUACGGAGGCUUGCGUGGUGAAGAGCAAGGUUUGGAAUACCCGUUCACAUCCUUCAACCUGAACAAUCCCUUCUCUCAAGUCCUCCACGUCGAGUGUUCUUUCGAGCCUGAGGACAUGGCUUCAUUCAGUCCGGGCUUCAAGCCCAAGUCGAUUCUUUGCUCGGACUCAGAGAAUGAAGCCUUCCACCCACGCAUAUAUGGCAUCAACCGGACGCAGUACAGGGCCAUUCGCAUCUCCCCCAGGACUCAUUUUCGACCAAUAUCGGCCUCAGAGUUGUCUCCCGGUGGAGUGAGUGAUUCCGAGGCCGAGACUGACAAGGAGGAGUUGAGUUUUCCCGUCCUGGCGCCUGUGGACGUCUUCGAUGAUCCUCAGGCAGAUCUCAAACCUCUGGAGGAGGAUGCAGAAUGUGAGGGCCCCUAUUACGGGAAGUCAGAACUGGAAUCUGGUAAAUUCUUACCCAGAUUAAAGAAGUCUGGCAUGGAGAAGAGUGCCCAGACCUCUUUGGAUUCACAGGAGGGCUCCAGUACCCUCCUGCCAAUUGCUGAGCAAGAGAUUUGCUUAGACUGCAAGACUGCAGAGGCUGCAUCAACUGCAGGCGGUCAGACAGACGUCUCUGUCGGCAAGAUUCAAAAGAAGGAAUCUUCAGAAGAAAAGCAGUCCUGCUUCUCUGCACCAGUGGGUCAGAUCCCCAAGUAUGGGAUUGCUUAUGACUUUGUGGGAGAUGUUCCAGAGUUCCCUCUGUUAAAUAUAAGUGGACAAAGAGGAACCGGCAACCAGCAAGACGAGUGCUGGUGGCAGAACACACUCUGUUCCCCCCUUUUCCCUGGAUCGCAGUGUACAGGUAUCAGCAACAUUUGA